CUCAUACUAGUCUUCAUUAAGUCUCUCUCUUCUUACUCAACUCAACUUACCCUUUGAUCAAAGAAACAGAAUUAAUACAAUGGCAAUAGAUUGCAUGAUCAACACUCCAUCAUCCGUGUCUUCCAUUAAGGAAGAACACAAAGAAGACCAACAAAGGUCACUAGUUUUCGAUGCAUCGGUCCUACAACACGAAGCUAACAUACCCCAACAGUUCAUAUGGCCCGAUCAUGAGAAACCCAACUCCCAAAAGUCUGAGGCCCUCGAGGUUCCUUUGAUAGACCUUGGAGGCUUUCUUUCUGGACACUCCAGUUCAGCCAACGAAGCCUCCAGGCUAGUUGGUGAGGCUUGUCAGAAACAUGGCUUUUUCUUAGUCGUCAAUCAUGGAGUUGAUGCAAAUCUAAUAUCUGAUGCUCAACGGUACAUGGACUUGUUCUUUGAGCUUCCACUUUCAGAAAAGCAAAGAGCUCAAAGAAAAUCCGGUGAGAGCUGUGGAUAUGCCAGCAGCUUCACCGGAAGGUUCUCUUCUAAACUGCCUUGGAAAGAGACACUCUCCUUCCGAUUCUCAGCCGAGAAGAACUCAUCCAACAUAGUUAAGGACUAUUUCAACAACACAAUGGGAAAAGAAUUUGUCCGACUCGGGAACGUGUAUCAAGAAUAUUGCAAUGCCAUGAGUAGGCUUUCUCUUGUGAUCAUGGAGCUACUGGGGAUGAGCCUUGGUGUGCGCCGAGCUCACUUCAAGGAAUUCUUUGAAGAAAAUAAUUCGAUUAUGAGAUUAAACUACUAUCCACCAUGUCGAAAGCCAGACCUCACCUUAGGGACAGGACCUCAUUGUGAUCCAACAUCUUUGACAAUUCUACACCAAGAUAACGUGGGUGGGCUAGAAGUGUUCGUGGACAACGAGUGGCGUUCCAUUACACCAAAUUCAAGUGCUUUCGUUGUCAACAUCGGUGACACAUUCAUGGCACUUUCAAAUGGAAGAUACAAAAGUUGCUUACACAGAGCUGUAGUAAACAACAAAAGUCCUAGAAAGUCACUUGCUUUCUUUCUAUGUCCAAAGAAAGAUAAGGUGGUGAGGUCACCAGAUGAACUGGUGGACGAAAAUAACCCUAGGAUAUAUCCAGAUUUUACAUGGUCUACCUUUCUCGAGUUCACUCAGAAGCAUUACAGAGCUGACAUGAAUACCCUCCAAGCUUUCUCCAUCUGGGUUCAACAGAAGACCAGCAGAACUUGAUACUACAUCCAUCUCAUCAGGUGUACUCUCUCUCCCUCUCUGACAUGCAAGCACGAAGACAAUGGAAACUGGAAGACGAUUGUCAAGGAGGGUUAAUGGAACGCAUGAAGAUUUAUGCAUGCUUUGAAAUCUUUCCCUUUUUAGUUUCUUUAGGUCAAGAGUCGAAGGAGGAAAGCAAUGUUAAGGACGCAAGGCAAGAUUUUAAUCUCCAUGGGGGCUAAACUAGGAAUAAAGAGAAGCAUAUAUGAGCCAAUUUUGUAAUUCUGUUUUGGACUAUAUGUAGAAAAGCUUGUUCACUUAUCACUAGCACCAAUGUUACCUUACUCUCUUUAGUUGCUACUUGUAUACGUAUAUAUAAAUGGCAUCCUAUGCAUUAAUUAUUCAAUCCACACCUGGUUUUCC